AUGUCGGUGUUGUCACCACCGGAUGUUAGAAAACUCGUUGAAGCUCUCCUCAGUGAUUUACGACAACUCUCCACGGAAGCCAAAAAGAAGCAUAAUCAUGUGAAAGAGGCAGCUGAAUCAGGUGUCGUUCGUGUUCGAAAUAUAAGCACAGCAUCUGGAGAAGCAACACUUCUCACAAAUCUGCGAGCAGCCAGCAAUGAAUUGCUUCAUCCUCUCAUUCUUGCCUGUGCUACUCGACAAACGCGACUUGUUCAGAUAGCCUUGCAGAGCAUACAACGUUUAGUUCAACAUCGUAUUCUAGAAGCGAGUUGCGCAAAUGUUGUUGUCAGCGAAUUGUGGGGUCUAGUUGAAGUGGAAUGUGAGGAGCUUCGAGUUUUGCAAACUGUUCCUCCACUGGUCUCCGCUGAUCUGCUUGUCACGGGGAACACUCUUGCAAAGUGCAUUGUAAUGUGUUUUCGUAUGCACUUUGCCAAGGAUCCUGUAGUUAUCAAUGCGGCUUCAGCUGCAGUGCGACAGCUGGUGGGAUGUGUCUUCGAGCGUGUCAUACAAGAGGAUGGUGUGUUUAGCACCGAGUUGACAGUAGUACCUUCUUCUGGAGGACGUCCAUCGCCAAGAUCGUCGCCGCCAACCGCAACUGAGACCGAUGUGCAGCUUGACGCCACCUUGCUGUUUAAGGAUCUUUGCUUGCUGAUUAACGCAAAGCCAAGUGUAUGGCUAGUAGGAAUUCACGAAAUGACAAGGACUCUUGGAUUAGAACUUCAUAGAGAAUAUCCUGAAAAGUUAUCCAGGAGUAUUUUUCAGAAGUUCUGUGAUCUUCUGAAGUCCGAAGUGUGCCCACUAGUAAUCAAGUUGUUCUCUCCAAGUUUGAAAUCAGCCCACGUGUCAUCUCAACAUCCGUCAUCUCGUUCAUCCACCGGUGUGGGCUCUCCGACAGAUCGACCGUACUUUCCCAUUGCUAUGCGACUUGUUCGAAUAAUUCUGUGCUUGAUCUCACUCUAUCAUCAGUUGCUUCCCACGGAAUGUGAGAUUUUUCUGUCAUCCCUAAUCAAGUUCGUGGAUGUAGAUCGCAGAGGAUGGCAACGGGCGCUUUCUCUAGAAGCGCUUCAUAGAGUUGUGGUGAGACCAGACAUUGUCAGGUGGCUAUGUGAAAAUUUCGAUGCAAGAUCGAACUCUAUCAAAGUUUUGGAACAUCUGUCGCAUAGUAUUUUCUGUGUUAUUCAGCAAAGUUUUGCGUCUUCAAAGAUGAGUUCCGUAGAGGCUGAUAUGGACCCCGACAUACUUCAACCAAGAGGAUCGUCUGGAUUCUAUUUCAACAAUGUUUGGCAUCCAUAUGUUGAGCAUUUGUCCGCGAAGAAAUCCAUUCUACUGGACAGCCUGGAAAGACACGAGGCGGGCGUUCUGCCGGAAGGAUAUGUAGUAUCGCGAGCAAACUGCGCUCUGGUUGAUUUUGUGCAAGCCGUCUACGCGGCUGUAGACGCACUUAGCUUACAAGAAAACGGGGAUAAGAAUAACAACGAGCAUGUUGCUGAUUCGAUUUUUACUAGUUGUCAACCGAAUCUGCUGGCGGCAUUGAGCCUUUUGUUAUCAGCGAGCACUGACGAAACUGUGACGGAUCAGCUUCUGUGUGCGCUGUCAACGCUAAUGUCAGUUGGGUGCAAAUUAAAAGUGAUUCCUGCCAGUUUGAAUUGUUUGUACGUUCUCUGCUGUGCUUGCCUACCAUCUGUGACGUACUUGCGUUCGUAUGCAGGAGCGGAGACGCCAACUAGUGAGCCCAUCUUUAAUUUAGAACAACUGGAAGACUUCGUGUUUGAUUCGUCUUCAGCACUGCACGAGGUUGUUGUUUCUGGCACCCCUUGCCCCUCGUCUGUCGUAGUGCCAGAUAAAUGGAAUGAUCAAGUUAUGUUGACGUCACGCAAUCUGCAAGCAUCAUCCAUUCUCCUCAGCUCCAUCUGUGCCCACGCCACAUACUUAGACGAACUCUGGCAUUUGAGUCUGUUGACGUGCCAACAUAUUGCUUGGUUGCUCGGAAUUCGGCCAUCUUGCACGGGUAUUUUUGCACGAGAAAAGGCAGAAGUGGAUCAACAAAAUAGUGCGAAUGUGAUAACAACGGCCGCCCUUUCUAAAAUUCCGAUUCUUGCAUCUCUUCUGGAUAAGGUUGCUUGUUCCUCCGUAUCGCUAUCGAAUGCUUCACUUCUUAAAGCUAUUGAAGCAAUGAUGAGAAUAUCGGACGAAAAUGUUGCUGUGGCAGCGACUGGCAGAGAAUGUUCGCUUUUCCCUUUGGCGAUGCUGCUUCGAUUUGCAUCUCUUAAUCUUCAGCGUCUGCGCGGUCAUAUAUCACCAUCACUGCGUGAGUGGGCAGCUGUCGCACUGUCAAGCAUCAUCAAGCAGGCGUUUAAGGCAAAGACUGGCUUAUCAGAAGCGGAGCACCAGUCAAUCACUCUCAAAAACUUUUACGGUUCGAAUGUCUCAAUUCAUCAAGCGGACGUGCAACGACGUCAGCUUGACUGUUUGAUGGCACUUCUACAAACAGAUGGCGCCCAACUCGUGCCCGAGAUGUGGCAGCAUGUUAUUUUCAUAGUUGCUGCUGUCGUCGAUGAAGAAAACUGGACGAUUUCCGACUUUGUGUUUCGCAAAAGCGAAGUCGUUGGUGCCGAUCCCUCUGAAAAGGUUUGGCUGGUUUUGUACACAUGCCUUUCGGAAUUAUGCGUCGAUGUUCGACCAUCAGUUCGAAAAAGUGCCUGCCAAACUCUUCUUCAAACGAUCAUCAUGCCCUUGUUGGAUCGGGUUCGGGUGCAGACCCGGAGUGCAUCGACGGAGCGUGCAAGCGGAGUGCUUCUAAUGCACCAUUCUCGGGAUACGCAGCAGAAGCAAUGGACUGAAACCUGUAUACACACACUAUCGGCGGCAUCAAAGAUAUUCGUUGCUCAGCGUAAGGCUCUGUUGGCCUUAGAAGAUUUUGGAUCAGCAUGGGAAGCGCUGUUGUCGUAUCUCGAAUGGGCCUCAUGCUACCAUAACGCGGAACUUUCGCUGUCUGCACUCAAAAGCUUUCAGGUCGUCAAUUUUUUUCGGAAAUUAGAAUUGGAAGUAUUGCUUGGAAAAAUAUCUGCUCAAACGUUAGAUAUCAACUAUCGUGAAGCGAGCGAGCAGGUACUUGUGGAAAGCUCUGGUGAUGACGUGACGCCGUUUCUACCUUUGCCACAAUGGAUCGAGUCGUGGAAUGCUUGGCAACGGAUAUCGCGAAGUUUAGCUCGGAUGGGUACCGGUUCCACGACGACGGAAGGUGGUGAGAAAUCGUCGUAUGUUCCUGGUCCAUCUCAUCUCACAACCCUCCUUCAUAUUUUUCCACCAUUGUUCGAUCAUGUGGCCGCCACAUAUCCGUCAACGAACUCAAAGCUGAACAGCUGCCGUCAGUUCUUGAGUGAACGUCCCGUGCCAACAGAGCAGGUGCCCUUCGUAGUGCACUCAUCACAAUCGCAUAUGUCCUCCCACUCAGGAAGCGGAAGUGCUCUACGAGAUGCUUUAGCUGAUCAAAUCCGGCAGCUUAUCAGGUUCAGCGCCAUGUCUGUGAAAAAUCCGGUUGGGAUUCGACCGAUCACCACUUUGUCCGGGCAGAAAGACUAUCGAGAAUGGGCGUUGCAAUGGGUAAUUCCAUUUGCGGAGACAUCGCUUCGAAUGGCCGUCGAGUUUUUCACGGCUACGGUUGCAUAUCCAGAAAUUAUUCGAUCACUUGUUGUCGUGGAUAUUGUUAAGUUCUUAGGCGAGCCCCUGUACAUGAAGUACUCAUGCCUUUCUCCAACCACGUGGAAACUUGCGGCUUCAUCGCUGAUGACUGUGCUACGGAUAGCAGUGCCACUCGCACGACAACAAGUUGAACAUUUCGCACCGCUUUGGCCGGCGAUCUGUGACACUCUCGAGAAGUUUCUUUUUACUCCGAAUGUUUGUCCAAGGCUAGCGGCAGAUGAGCGUAAGAGAGACGAGUUAGCUGAGUGUCAACUUGUCGAGUUGGUACGAUCGGAGCUUCUGCUGCACUCAGCCUGCCUUCCUCCUGCGACGGUUCAGCGAUUGAUUGCCAUAUUGAACCGAGGAUCAAUUAGUCAAUUGGAUCCUACAGACGUUUUGGCUUCAGACUCGCAUGCGCAGCGAGUUGAGCUGGCCCGUACCUGCUUCGACGCCCUGCUUUCAACUUCAAACGAAGGCAAUGGACGACUUGGAAACGUGGCCAUCGCGAGCUUAUUACAAAGGUGUUCCCAGGUUAUGAACGAUUUCGUCCGAGAUUGGAAUGGUAUAGGCGACUUGCGGCUACCACGUGGUCGCAUCACGGAAAUCACAUCUGCGUUACAAGCGGUGGAUUCUUUGAUUGGACGAUUAGCCAGAGAACCGUCCCAGACUGAUUUGUAUUCUCAACUGGUAUCUCUAUAUCCAAGCGUUGUCGAUGUCGUUGGAUGCACUCGAUCAGACCCUCUACUGGAAUCACAACUCAUCGCCACUCUGAAGUCUUAUCAGACCCUGCUUCUGCUACAGGCGGAUCCAGAAGAAAUAGUUUCUGUACUGCUGAGUAGGUCCGGUCCAUGGAGCGUGGUUUAUUAUAGGGUCUGCUGGAACGAGGUGCCUUAUGCUCAAGUGUGUUGUAUCGAUAUCGAUAAUCGCUGUGCGCUAUCUACCUCUUAUCUAUUGACAUAUCCGGAAAAUGUUUUGGAGCCAUGGGCCAGAAUGUUUUCGUCGUUCUCACUAACACACUCACCCUGCAAGAGUGCUCUAUUGAGAGUUUCGCGAACAACAUUAAGCUCAACUGCGAAUGUUCAGGAUAUUGUCGAGGAGUUCCUUUUGCGACUAGUGAACGCUACGCGCUCUAUCAUUCCUUCAGGUAUUGUCAAACGUGUGAAGGAU